UCGACCGACCUCUUCCUUUUGGCUUUCCCAGAUCUAACUCUCACUGCCGAAGAGCUCCGACAAACGCAAACCAAGAGAGCGAGUAAGCGACAGUUAAUUUGAGCAAAAAGAAACGAAGCGCAAGAACUCUGUGGAGCAUUUUGGGGGUCGAUCCGUGGAAUCCAAGAUGAAUAUAUUCCGAUUAGCGGGUGACAUGACCCAUUUGGCCAGCGUCCUCGUCUUGCUCCUCAAGAUCCACACCAUCAAAUCCUGCGCUGGUAUUUCUUUGAAGACGCAAGAACUCUUUGCUAUAGUUUUCCUUGCCCGCUACUUGGAUAUGUUUACCAACUUUAUCUCUCUUUAUAAUACCAUCAUGAAGUUAAUAUUCUUGGGGAGCUCGUUUUCAAUUGUUUGGUACAUGAGGCGCCACAAGAUUGUUCGUCGGUCCUAUGAUAAAGACCAAGAUACCUUCCGCCAUUAUUUCCUUGCACUGCCUUGCUUACUCUUGGCCCUACUUAUCAAUGAGAAGUUCACAUUGAAGGAGGUCAUGUGGACAUUCUCCUUAUAUUUAGAAGCUGUGGCCAUCCUUCCUCAGCUCAUACUGUUACAGAGAACUAGAAAUAUUGACAACUUGACAGGGCAAUAUGUAUUUCUUCUUGGUGCUUAUCGAGGAUUAUACAUUCUCAACUGGAUUUAUCGCUACUUCACUGAGCCACACUAUGUUCACUGGAUAACUUGGAUUUCUGGGCUUGUUCAAACAUUGCUCUAUGCUGAUUUCUUUUAUUAUUAUUUCCAUAGCUGGAAGAACAACAAAAAGCUUGAAUUGCCAGCUUGAAUUCAUCCUCCCCCAGUCCCCCAUUUGUUGGGAACUAAAGAUAUCAUGUAAUCCACAAGGAUACUAUGUCAAUUCUUUUUGCUGAAACUAGUACUAAUUCUUUUGUGAUUAUGUUAAGCGCACGGUUACCCCCAGCGGCGUGCAUCGACACUGCAUCUCAACAAUCACUCUCUUGAAGAAAAUAUGGAUUAUGAUUUGUUCAAAAUCUCUGUUGUAAGCUUUAAAAGCAUCCCAAAACAAGAUAAUGUAAUAGACUAUACAAGAUUAUCCCAAAGAUUUUAUAUGGCUGCCAUUCAUUGCCAUUCAGGGUUUGCGUCAAA